AUGGAAAAGGACGAAUACGGCUGCAACAAACACAAAACCUUGGAAGAUCUUCUCGUCUUUUAUAAAGAAGGAGCUUCGGAUUAUGAUAGGGUGAGUGAGUGAGUUUCAGGAUAAAAUUCACUUGCAUCCGUGCUGUAACCUUUAUGUCGUUCAAUAUAGUCUCCCAUUGCACAUCAUAUGACAAACUGUGUGUAUAUUUUAUUUCUUUUCAUCGCAAUAAGCCAAGGCGAGGCCAUUUAAUUGUUCUGAACUUUUUGGUUUCAAUAUGAAGUUUAAGAACCUUCUUAUAUUGCUACACUAUUAUGUAUCGGUCAGUCUCAACUUCUCUCUGAGUAACCCACCCCCUCCCCCCCCCCAACCAAACCUCAUUAACCCGCAUAUUUUUGAGUCACAUUAAUUUUUUUGCCGAUUCUGUGCAAUACAGCCUCAAAUGUUACUAAAAUAAUGUGAAAAGUAAUCUAGUGUGGGAAAGAACUAAUUCUGAUUUAAACUUUUCAGGAUGUGAAAGACUAUAGAGGGUAUGUGGGGCAUGAAACAUCAGCAGAAGUAUUUGUAAGCAUCUUGAAACAGCACAACUUCCCUGAAAGUUCUAAAAUUCUUGAUGUAGGAGCUGGGACAGGACUAGUUGGAGAAGAGCUGCACAAAAGGAAAUUCACCAAUAUAGAUGGCUUUGAUCCAUCACAAGCUCUUCUCAACGAAGCAGAAAAGAAGGGAAUUUACAGUCAGCUAUUUGUAGAUGUGUUAGGACCCAAUCAUCAAGUAAAAGUGGCAGAUAACACCUACGAUGCAGCCAUUUGUGUUGGUGUCUUCACACUGAACCAUGUGAAGGCAGAAGGUGCUAUGGAUGAAAUGGCACGAGUGGUUCGUCCAGGUGGCUUGAUCUGUUUCACCAUCAGAGAGGAUGUCAUGUUUGAGUUGGAGUAUGGGUAUGAGGAGAAAAUGCAGGAGCUAUGCCGUAAUCAAGUCUGGAAAUUGGUAUCAAGCACCAAGGAGCAGUACCACAGCAAGAAUGAUUUUAAGAAGUGCUUUUUGUUUAUUUAUCAAGUAUUAUAA